GUGACUGCUCUGCUGUGGGGCCACAGUCUCUGACUGGAGGAGGGGGGGCUGUCUCUCCCUGAGUGAAUCCAGCUGUUGUGGAAGUGGCUCGGAAGGGGGCCCGUCAAUUUGCAUCGCUGAAUAAUCUUUAGAGAAGACGGAGCAGUCCAUUUUGAGAAAGGCAUUCCCUCCUGCAACAACUUGGUCGAUGUACCGGAGCUUUCAGCUCGACCAGACGGCGACUAAUGAUAACCUGGUGUCGCUUUGCGUAAAGGCGCAUAGUUUGGAGAGGGGGGGGGCUGCUGCGUACAGAGGCGAGGAAUUUUACGGGUCGUCUGAAUCUUCCCUUUGAGACAGCUCCAAUAGGAAAACCAUAAACCAUGCUUUUUGAAAUACGCAGCUUCAGGUCUUGCUCUUCUGCAAGGAUGUUGGCAGCUCUUGUAUUUAUCCUGCUCUGUAUCCAGCCUGGACACGGACAGUCCUGCACAGAAGGGUUCGCAUACGACCGCAGGGCGAGACAGUGUGUAGAUGUGGACGAGUGCCGCGUCCUGCCAGACGCCUGCCGCGGAGACAUGCGCUGUGUGAACCAGAACGGCGGCUACCUGUGCCUGCCGAGGACCCUGUACAACCAGCCGUUCAGACCGGAGACCCCGGCCCUGCCCGAGCCGGCUUACCCGGACACGUCGGGCGUAUUCUCGGACCCCUCCUUCAUCCCCGCGGCCAGGUCCGUGGAGCCCAGCUACCCCAGAGUGAGGGGCACCGCGCAGUGCGUCCUGGGAUACUCUGCCGCGGAGGAUGGCACCUGUAACGACAUUGACGAGUGUGAGACAAACUCUCACCACUGUAACCCCACCCAGGUCUGCAUCAACACGGCAGGCGGGUACACCUGCUCCUGCAGCGAGGGAUACUGGCUCAUCGGAGGACAGUGUCAGGAUAUUGACGAAUGUCGCUAUGGUUACUGCCAACAGCUGUGUGCCAACGUCCCUGGCUCUUACUCCUGCUCCUGUAACCCCGGCUUCAUCCUCAACCCAGACAGCAGGACCUGCCAAGACGUGGACGAGUGUGAAGAUGAACCGUGCAGUCACGGCUGCUUCAACACCUACGGCUCCUUCAUGUGCAACUGUGACGAGGGAUUCGAGUUGGCAUCCGAUGGCACCUCUUGCAUCGACUUGGAUGAGUGCAGCUUCUCUGAGUUUCUGUGUCAGCACAGAUGUGUGAACACACCCGGCUCUUUCUCCUGCAUCUGUCCGCCGGGAUAUUAUGUAUACGAGGACGGCAGGAGUUGUGAAGAUAUCAAUGAAUGUGACACUGGUAACAACACCUGUACAACAGCACAAGUAUGUUUCAAUUUCCAGGGAGGCUACACAUGCCUGGAUGCUUUACAGUGUCGCCCUCCCUACAUCGAAGUUACUGACAACCAGUGCAUGUGUUCAGCUGAGAACCCUGCCUGCAGGGAAAAGCCCUUCACCAUUUUGUACCGACACAUGGACUUGUCGUCGGGGCGCAGUGUGCCUGCAGACAUCUUCCAGAUGCAGGCCACCACGCGAUACCCGGGCGCCUUCUACAUCUUCCAGAUUAAGUCGGGCAACGAUGGACGGGAGUUUUACAUGAGGCAAACCAGCAACGUGAGCGCCACUCUGAUCCUGUCGCGGCCGAUCACGGGGCCGAAGGAGGUGGUGCUGGACCUGGAGAUGGUCACCGUCAACAACGUCAUCAACUUCCGAGGCAGCUCCAUCAUACGCCUGACGAUAUUUGUGUCGGAGCAUCCGUUCUGAGUGUCCCCAAUGAACUGCAUCGCCCCCCAAAGAAUCAGGUUGCACUCGACCAGCCGCAGCUGAUGUGUAAUGCUUUGUUGGUUUGAGACAGCUCAUCACUUUUUUUUAAACGUUAUGUCAUCCUUAAUUAAAGACACGUCCGAUAAAGACUCAGCCAAGUUCUGCUGAUGGGAAAACACUCGAAUCCCCGCCCUGCUUUAAUGGACACCGAGCUUUUAUGGCUGCGAUAUGUACUUUCAACACCGAGGGAUAUUUAUGGUGAACGAUUUCCUCUGUUUAGAAAAUGAUCUAAUAAUGAUGGAAGUUACCCUCAACUUAAAAACACCCAGUAUCUCCUCUGUACAGUUGUUGUUUUCCCCAGUUGUCUGUGAAUCUCCAUCCCCUCAGAUAAGCUGUGAAUGAGUUUCCAAGAGCCGUCAUUGAAUCACGAGCGACCGCUGAGCUAAUUUUUUACUGAGCAGAAGUGUAAUUGUGCAUUUGGAGUGGCAAUAUUUGAAAUGAUGUAACUAUCAGUCAUAAACUGAAUUAUUGAUCACAGUUUUUUUUUCAUGUCCAAUAAAAUGUCUUCACCACA